GUUAGUGGACAGUUUUGUGCUACUGGAUUUGACGGAAACCAUUUUUGUAUUUAGUGUAUUCUUUGGCGAAACAAAAUGCCCGGCACAGUAGUUGAAAACUCAUACGCGCGUUGCAAGGAGGUUGAAAAUGCCAAAACAAACACCGAGGGAGAGAAAAAGCUCGUCUCUCUCUUUUGUGACGAGCGCGGUUAUUUGAAUCAGAUCGAGUAUAUUCUGCAGAACGGUGUUCGGAAAGGAGACCGAACCGGGACGGGUGUGAUUUCCGUGUUCGGAUCACAGGCGAGGUACAGUCUCAGAGAUCAGUUUCCAUUGCUCACAACCAAAAGGGUUUUCUGGAAAGGCAUACUGGAGGAGCUGCUGUGGUUUAUCAAGGGUUCAAUGAAUGCCAAAGAUCUGUCUGAGAAGGGUGUGAGAAUCUGGGACGCUAACGGCUCCAGGGAAUUUCUGGACAAGAAUGGCUUCACGGAUCGAGAGGAAGGAGAUCUGGGGCCAGUUUAUGGUUUCCAAUGGAGACACUUUGGAGCCGAGUACAAAGACAUGCACACUGAUUACUCUGGGCAAGGUGUUGACCAGUUACAGAAAGUGAUUGACACCAUCAAGUCAAACCCAGAAGACCGGAGGAUCAUCAUGUGUGCCUGGAACCCGAAAGAUCUCCCUCUGAUGGCAUUGCCACCCUGCCAUGCAUUAUGCCAGUUUUACGUAUCAGAGGGUGAGUUGUCAUGCCAGCUGUACCAGCGCUCUGGAGACAUGGGUCUGGGUGUGCCCUUCAACAUUGCCAGCUAUGCCCUCCUGACCUAUAUGAUUGCCCACAUCACUGGACUGAAGCCUGGAGAUUUUGUGCACACAUUAGGCGACGCCCACAUCUACGUAAAUCACAUCGAGCCUUUGAAAGAGCAGCUUCAGCGAGAGCCACGGCCCUUCCCCAAACUCAAGAUCCGACGUGGAGUCGAAAAUAUUGAUGAUUUCUGUUCAGAGGAUUUUGAGAUAUGCGACUAUGACCCUCAUCCGACAAUCAAAAUGCAAAUGGCUGUUUAGACCUCACAACUUCCUGAGUGACCUCAACAGAAACAUUUGAAGAGUUUAAAAAGCUUUUAAAACACUUCACAGUUAUGUGUAAUUCAUCAUUAAUUAAUGCAUUAGCGAUCAUGAAUUUAGGAUUAUUUUGACAUUUUACGUAUCCUAAAUGCACACAAUGAAAUAAUAUUUUCACACUUUUUGUAUAAUUUCUGACAAUUAAAGCUUG